GGCUGAACCAGGGCGUGCCCGUGGUCUGCGUGGUGCUGGAGGGCGGCCCCCCCAUCGUGUCCAUCGUGCUGGACUACGUCAGCAACAAGCCCCCCGUGCCGGUGUUUGUGUUCGAGGGGUCGGGCGGCGCCGCCGACCUGCUCGCCUUCUUCCACAAGCAGACGGCCGUGGACAGGCAGCUGGACGCGGACAUCCAAGCGGACCUGCUGGUCCGGGUCGGGGCCGUGUUCGGGGUGGAGGCGGCCGAGGCCUCGCAGCUCUGCAGCCUCCUGCUGCAGUGCAUGGACCACAGACAGGCGGUGAGUAAGAACCAG